AUGGGUGAAACGUUUAUAGACUUAUAUGUAUCCUGCCCGGCAGCCAGUUGUUCAAAUACACAAAUAACUUAUUGGGUUCAUUCAACCGAUUCAGGAAAGAUGGAAAUAUCUAACCGUGCUCGUUUACGAUGUGGAAG